GCAUUUAAGCAGCCAGCCAGUUGACCGUUGCACUUUAAACAUAGCGGCUGUUAGUUAGUUAUUGUUAUUUGAUUCGUAAGCUAUAUUGCUCGUGUUGUACUGGGUCUGUGUGUACGAAGAAAAAUCCGCUAACCAAAAAAAAAAAACAUGACCAGUGAAAUUCUUUCCAAGCAAUGUGUGAUAAUUGGCGGAUUUUCUAUUGCCCUAUGUUUGGUGUUCAUAAUCAUCGAAGUUCAAGAUUUGCGUAGCAGCUUGGACUCAGAUGAGGAAUACCACUCGGAUCAGUUCCAAAGAAAAAUAAUUCAAAUUAUUGAAUAUGCCGUUGGUAUUCUGCUAUCAGUCUCAUUAAUUUUGGGAGCCAUUAAGAAACGACUAUUAUUUUUAACCAUCUGGCUAUUGGCAGCCCUUGCCGCUACGAUCUUUGCAGCGUAUCUGGGCAUAUCCAUGUUGUUACUAGUUCCCAUGUUUGGCAUGGAAAUGCUUAUACCCAUUUUGUUUGUGGUUGGCCUCACAACAAUUAUUUUAUUCCCCGUCUGUUCAUUAUUCAAAGAAAUUUGUCUUGAAAUUUGCAGAGCUAGAAAACAGAAAAAAUACGAUAAUGAAAUCAUGAAUGAAAAGCCUGUCUUUGACACAAAGAUGGAAGUUUUCAAAGAGGUGUGAAGAGAGAGUAGUGUCUCAUUUAAAAUUUAGAAAAUUUUAACUAGAUGAUGCUAUGACUUGCGAAAAAAACAUUUUUUAUAUAAACAAGAAAUUUGCUAUUUAUA